UGCCUCUCUUAAUUCAAAUAUACUUAAAUCAAUUUGCUACUCACAAUCCUAGCAAUGCAUUUCUUGUUUCUUUUCUUGUUGGCUGUCCUUUCUUUCCCCCUGUUUAUUCACUCAUCCCCUGUUUCUGAUCCUGAACUAACAGUUCAACAAGUUCAAGGGGCGAUUAAUGCUACUAAUAGCAAUUUAGCCGCCGCCUCGUGUCAGUCGGGGAAUCCGAUCGACGAUUGCUGGAGGUGUGACGAGAACUGGGAUAAAAACCGGCAGCAGUUGGCAAACUGUGCCAUCGGCUUCGGUAAAAAUGCUAUGGGGGGUAAAAAGGGUAAAAUCUACGUGGUAGAUGACCCGAGUGACGAUGCGGUCAACCCAAAAAGAGGCACAUUACGAUACGGGGUCAUCCAAGACGAACCGUUAUGGAUAGUUUUCGCUACAGAUAUGGUGAUAAAGCUGCAACAGGAGUUGAUGAUCAGAUCCUUCAAGACCAUAGAUGGAAGAGGAACUGAUGUGCACAUUUCCGAGGGACCCUGCAUCGUGUUACAGAAGGUCAACAACGUAAUCAUACACGGGAUUCACAUACACGACUGUAAGCGUGGAGGGAAUGCGUAUGUCAGGAAAUCCCCGACAGGUUUCGGUUGGAGAAGCAUAUCAGAUGGUGAUGGGAUUUCCAUCAUUUCUUCAAGGAAUAUCUGGGUUGACCAUUGCUCUCUCUCUAGAUGUACGGAUGGGUUGAUUGACGCUAUCCGCGGGUCUACCGCGAUAACCAUAUCUAACAACUACAUGACAGAUCAUAACAAGGUUAUGCUUUUGGGACAUAAUGAUAAUCAUAAACAAGACAAGAACAUGCAAGUUACUAUAGCUUUUAAUCAUUUUGGAGAGGGACUUGUUCAAAGGAUGCCUAGAUGUAGACAUGGAUAUUUCCAUGUCGUGAAUAACGACUACACUCAGUGGCGAAUGUAUGCCAUAGGAGGAAGUGCAGGACCAACUAUCAACAGUCAAGGCAACAGAUUCCUAGCUCCUGAUAGCCGGUCCAACAAAGAGGUCACUAAACGCGAGAAUGCAGCAGAAAAUGAAUGGAAGAAAUGGAAUUGGACAUCAGAAGGUGAUUUGUUUCUAAAUGGAGCACGAUUUGUAAAAUCUGGCAGUGGAUCAUCCACGCCUAACGCCAAGGCUAUGAGCUUAAGUGCACAACCAGCUUCACUGGUGGCUUCAAUGACAAAGACAGCAGGAGUACUCAAAUGCCAGAAAAGCAGAAGCUGUUGAUCUAUUUCUGGACUCAUAUAGGCCAACAACCAAUGAUUUCAUUGUUUCAUUUAUUUAUUUAUUUAUUUUCCGAUUUCAUACAUUAAAAAAUACAAGAAGACAACCUCAGAUUGCUUCAUUAUCUGAAACCCCUCAUCACAAAGUAAUCAUAGAUGUGUUGUUCAUUAUACAUAUGUUCAAAUGAUUAAUCAAAAUAUGUUCAAGAAA